CCAACAAAUAUCAUCAACUUUUAACUAUUAAAUUCAUAAAAUGAAUAAAAAAUUAAUUUUUUUAUUAGUUAAAUUCAUUAAAAUGAUGUUAUUUUGCUUAGAAUGCGUAAGUCGAUCAUACCGGUCAUACCGAUGGUGUCAUGCCGGUUUCAUGACCGGCACAGGUUGAACCAGGUUCAACCGGGUGGCAUGCCACCGAUAUGACAACCAUGAUGUAGAUCAAAUGAUUAAAACAACUAAAUCCGAAUCAUGAAAUCCAUUUACACUCCUCCACGACCACGAGCUUAAUUCGGUAAUUCCUUUCUUCACUCUUUACUCAUGACCGCCACAGAUUGAACCAAGUUCAACAUGUCACCGAUAUGACAACCAUGAUGUAGAUGAAGUGAUUAAAACAACUAAAUUCGAAUCACGAGAUCCAUUUACACUCCUCCACGACCACGAGCUUAAUUCGGUAAUUCCAUUCUUCACUCUUUACUCUUUAGCAUUGCGAAAUGCGAACGACAUCGUUUACUGUUGCGAACCAAUAUCAAUUCCAUCCCAGUCAUCAAUUCAACACACAGCAAACUCAAGAACCAGGCAGAUUGACGGAAACACUCGAGGAAAAAUGGCAGGAAGAUUGAGCAACGUUGCUUCACGGAUCAUGGGAGGGAACGGCGUCGUGAUGCGGUCCGCCGCCGCCUCCCUCCGCGGCCGCGCCGGGAUGGGACUCCCCGUCGGCAGACACAUCGUCCCCAACAAACCACUGGCGGUAAAUGACGAAUUGGUUUGGGACAACGGUACCAACCUUCCGGAGCCUUGUAUCGAUCGAAUUGCCGAUACUGUUGGAAAGUAUGAAGCUUUGGCUUGGUUAUGUGGAGGUUUGAGCUUCUUCGCGUCAUUGGGGUUAUUGGCUGUGUGGAAUGACAAAGCAUCCAAGACACCCUUUGCACCAAAAGUAUACCCAUAUAACAAUCUGCAAGAGGAGCUCGGUGAUCAAGAUCGAUAGGUUACUACGCGGGGCAUGCUUGAGGGACUUCUACUGUUGCACAAACUUUCUUCUUUUGAAUGUGGUGAUGGUUGGGAAUAAUGGCUGUAACUGAAGUUUUAGCUUCAACCGGAUCAUUGGCGUUGUUGAAUGCUUCUCUAAGUUCAUGGUGUUCUUUUUUCUUUUGAUAAGAUGCAGAUGUUGAGAUAGAAACUGGUAUGCUACCUCUUGUUCAUCAAAAUCUUAUUUUCACCUGUUAUUUAUCUAUGAUGAUGAAUAAAACGAACAAAAUUUUCUCCCUGUUCUCUCCUUAAUUGCAACUUCUUCCUCCCAUCCCAUUCGUCCAUGUCCAUCUCUUGUCAUCUCGAAAUCUAGAUUUUCUCAACAGACAAGGAUUGCGGAACUGUAUGAGAGUUCGUACUGAAAAAGUCAGUAGGAUAUUUUGUGUGGAAAUUGUGAUCUAAUAAAAGUUCAAUUAUAAG